GUCCCAUUAAUAGGAGUUUUGAGUCACACCACUGGUCGUGUAGUCGAAUUUUUUUACGAAGUUCUGUUGCAGCAGUCCUCUUUGUCAAAACAGCGUACAUCACGUCAUACGCCUAGAAGCAUCUAGAAGCCAGAGAGGAAUAAACAAAAGAAUCACGAUGGAGCGUUCAUCCUAUAGACGUAUGCGUGUUCUGUUUCUCCGCGUUUGCUCCGUGGUCGUGCAGCUGUUUCCCCUGUGGAGCGAGGAUGCUCCUGUUGUAUUGGGUGUCCGCUCAUCUCCGCGGGGAAGCCUUGCGAGCACGACAACUAAAAUGGCAGCUUGCGGCGGUUGUAUGUCAGGCUUGCUGUGUCUAAAUUCUUGCCAUGGAUGCAAAAAGACACGCCUCACGCCACGAAACCGAGACAACGUACUUCAAUAUUUAACAUGAGGUUGUGAGAAGGUGUUAGUCAUCUGUUGUAAGUCAGUAUUUGCAGUUUGACCUCGCAAAUAUCGUAUCAAGCAUAAUCACCAGUCUGUAGCCUCGUCUUCUUGUGUUGCACUUCUUGCUUCAAAUUACUGCAAACUCUUUUCAGGAUUAUGAGGGACUAUCUCGACAGCAGUACAUGUGUGGACCUCCGGGAGCUCCUGGUCCUUCUGUGUUGCCGAUAGCGACACCAAACUCGCAGUGCACAUCCUUAUCCGAGUUUCAGCCUACAAUGACCUACGGCAUCUCGGAGGAGGAAGAUGAGCCACAUGUAGGAGCCGCAGAAGCCGGUGCAUCUUCCGGAUCGGGAUGUUGUUCUGGAGGGUCUUGCUGUGCUGAAGAUGCAACUUCUGCAGCAGCUGAGCCUAGUUGUACCACGACAACUGGGGAGACCACGAGGACUGACGGAGCUGGCAGUACAAGAACGACCAACGAAGAGAGCGUGGCUUUUCCACCAACUCCAAGUACGUCGAGCCGCACAUUUUCACAUCGUCGUGGUCUGAGCACCUGCUCUGCUGGUGCGUCAUUGCCGAGUCAGCAUCAACAACAGCUAUCUUCUCCUGCUGCUCCAGGAACAGCAGUCCCUGUUGUGUCGCUACCGCCACCAUUGCCGCUUCCGCCUUGUGCCUUCAGCAGUACUAGCGGGGCAGCAGCUGUGCAUUUGGGGGUUUUUAGUUCAGGUUCGGUAGGAGGCGCCUGUGGAUCCUCCACGCACGAUUCCUCAGAUUCGUCUGGGUGUUCUGGCGCUGUGUCCAGUAGAAUCGUGGGAUCGAUGCCUGCGGCAGAAGUUUCGACGCAACAUGAUGAAGCUUCGACAGGAGACGCAAUAUCGGCACCAGGAGCUGCGCCGUCCGAGGGUGAACAAUCGACAAGCGAGCAGGAGUUCCAAACUACUUCUACCCCAGACGGCGAAGUAGAGACUGAAGAUGUUACCAUGGAGGGGGCGUCGACAGCUGAACAACCUGCAGCUCCAGCACCGACUUCAUCUGCCUCUGGAGGAGGGUCUUCUUUCCGGAUGUUAGGUGAGCCUUUACGCCGAUUUUGGACUAAUUCAGUCGGACCUGAUGGGGUAAUGCGCACACAAACGGAAAUACAACCUUGUCCGGGUAGUUCCCCUGCUGAACUUACACCGCGAGACGUUCCUAACUUAACAAAACGGUUCGAAUCAAUGAUCCGUCGCCUGGCGCUGUCGCCACGUCCAGAAAAAAGCAUAACCACCUCUGGCGGUACAGUAGAAGCCGGCUCGUCUGAAGACGCUAUGAUGGAGGAUGCUUCGCCGGCUAUGGGUGGCGGUGAAGGGGGAGCAACUACGGACGCCGAUGCUAAUAAUACGGAAGCACCUCCAUGGGAAACCAUCUUUUUCGAUCACGGAGGAUCGUUGGACGGAAACGAACCUCCCAUGCCAACGCCAGAAAUUCAGAGCAGCUAUGCUCCGUCUCCGACAUUGACUGCGCAACCAGAUCCGAACACAUUGUCUGACGCGCCGAUGGUAUCACACUAGCAGAUUUCUCAGAAUAAAUUAUCUUCAUCUUCUAUCGGCUUUAGCACCAGCUCGUAAAUGACAAUCUUUCGUCGAGGCUUGAUAAAGAGUCCUCAACACCUGAAAAUGGUUUCUUCACCUCACAAAAUUUUGUUUCUUCACGACCUCAUUUUCAGACCCAUUCUGGAGCUUUGAGUUACACGCGAACCGGUUAUACAACGGUUGGUGGUUUUGCAUCUCCGGGAAGUACCGUGCGCACGGUUCUGCUCCCUCAGCCUCCACCGCCGCGCCAGAUGAUGCCGCAACUACGUCUGCCUCCGGCUUCUUCAGGUGCGGGCACUACUGGAGUCUCAUCCAUCGGAUCGUCCACGACCGUUACCGCAGCUCCCAGUGUCGCCACAGAGGCUCCGUCUUUUGCGAGCCCAGCUCCGCGAGGACCGCCUGCGUCAGUGCAUAUGGGCACAGUUGCACCACUUGUGGGAGGUUUGGCAGCCACCAGGACACCUCCACGAUACUACGAUCCGGCUCCGGUUGAUGUCGGGGUCGUCGGACCCAAUCCAUUCAUCACGCUUCCAGCAUCUUCGAGUGGAGUGGUCACGCCACCUCCACCAGGAGCUGAAAUCUCUACUCCAGCGUCGACCAGCAGAGGAACGCCAGCACCGCUGAUGUCGGGUAUCACCUAUGCAGCUGGACAUCCAGGGGGCGCAGCUGCGGCACGCAACGUCUACCUGCGACGCCCAGGCCCAAGACUCGUUUCGCCGAUGCAGCCCGUAGUUGGAAGUUCCGCUAGCAACAUGUACAACUACAGCGCCCCUGUAAGACGGCCACUUGCAGCUCCUGUAAGACAGCGACCGGUGGCUGGGCAGGCAACCGUUCGCGCUGGUACUGUAACUCGUGGAAUCGGACACCCAGUUGCUACUGCAGGGAGCAGCGCGGCGACGAGCGGAGCAGGGACUGCUGCAGCAUCACCCUCCGCAGGAUCGGCGGAGGCGAUCGGGGGGGCUUAAUCGUUUCUUUCAGCUAGUCAGUGAUUUUUUUUUAGAUUUACGGAUUUGUUGUGUCUUACUAUUAAAGAGUAAACCACUAUUCAUGAGAUUUGAUCGGUGUUGCAGACACCAGUUGCCAAUACCUACAUCAUGAAUUGUUCUUAAAUACCCAUAUUGCUAUAGCACGUGAUGUCACAUCACUACGUCAUUGUCAUGGACAAGCGUUUGCCACAGCUAACCACUUGGAGAGGAUGCUUAUUCUCGCUAUCUGUCAUUGAUCACUCAAAAUCAUCUUACUUAUGCAGCAACAUAUUCGAAUUUAGCUCGAGAAUAAAACGUUAUUUUUCACUAAUCACACGAUGGUCGGUUAUUUUGUGACUCGUCUGUCUUCUAUAAUAUCCACGAAAAGAUAAACUUCAACAUCAACUUGCUGCAGCUGGUCAUCAUCCUUAAUCAUAUUUCUGAGCUGCACGCGUGACGAAGAUCUGCAGAUAACAACAUCGAUCGAAGAAUGAGAGGGAAUUCCUUUAGGGAAUGGGAGUCUUUUAUUUCUGCGAAAACGUGCUGUGAAUUUGGAAAAAACACAUUCAUGUAAGUACCAUGGCGUCAGAAAUCUCCAAACAACAGGGUACUUAUUUCAUCAUAUCGAGCAGAUGUUGGUCCUACACCUAACUGAGAUGAAUAUAUCAAAAAUAUCUUGUGGAUUUCUCUGGAUGUAAAAAAGAAUAUGAAAGCUGGCAUUCGCUGCCCAUGGAACAAGGACUAGGCCGUUCUUCAUCUGAAAGUGUAUUGGAACUCUGCGACGCCUACUUAUCGAGUAACAUCCCGUGUAAGGCAUCGAUGUCUUCUUUGUCGUGUCCGUUAUGCGCGAAAAAUCAGG